AAAUAACAUUUGCAUUUGAUUUUAUUUACAUUGAAAAGGAACAGGCAUGUACAUUUUUUAUUAAUUCCAAACUCACUUUGAUGUGGCUGUGAUAAAAAAUCUGUGAGAAUUUCAAUAUUAGCACGGUAGUAUUGUAUUGUGCAACAAAAAAAAUUCCUUACCAAAUUAAUGUUAAAUAACAUUAAAAAUAAAUUGUUCUGUGAAGUCUAAGAGUUGGCCAAAAUGUUAGCCCAUCAAAUAGAAAACGAUUCGAGAACCAAGGAUGUAGUGGUUGUAGAAAAUGUAACAUUUGACUCUUUAUUAUUGUCUGAAAAAGUAUCCAAAGGGUUAACAAAAAAUGGUUUUAAAAAGCCUUCACCAGUUCAGUUGAAGUCCAUUCCACUUGGAAGAUGUGGAUUCGAUUUAAUUGUGAAGUCUAAGUCAGGUACAGGAAAAACAUUGGUUUUUUCAUUGAUUGCCUUAGAAUCUCUUAGUACACACCUAAAAAAACUGGAAGUUUUGAUCUUGUCUCCAACAAGGGAGAUAGCAGUCCAAAGUCAGGAUUUUAUCAAACAAAUAGGGUGCUUCUUUGAAGGUCUGAAGGUAGAAUCGUUCAUUGGAGGAUUACCAUUAGUAGAAGAUAAACAAAAGUGCCAAAACUGCAAUAUAGCUGUGGGUACACCAGGCAGAAUAAAACAUCUAAUAUUAGACAAGACACUUAACGUUAACUCUGUAAAGCUCUUUGUGCUAGAUGAAGCUGAUAAACUUAUGGAAAGUAGUUUCCGUAAUGACAUAAACGAAAUAUACAACAGUCUGCCAACAAAGAAGCAAAUUAUCACCACUAGUGCCACUUAUCCUAACCAGUUGGAAGAGUUCUUAUCGAAAUAUAUGUUAUCGCCAACACAUAUAACAGCAGAACUAGAGAGCCCGCUUUUAUUAGGCUUGAAGCAAUUUGUGGUUGUCACGAAACAAUAUUCUAAUGCAGCUCAACAACUCAAAGCUAAAACUGAUGAAAUGAUUGAUAUAUUCACCAACAUUUCAUUUACCCAAUGCCUGGUUUUUUCUAAUUUCCAAACAAAAGCUGAGAGUUUGAGUAACAUUCUGAACCAAAAGAGAUGGCCUUCUACAUAUAUUUCUGCUGCACAAACUCAAGAACAACGAUUGGAGGCUGUCAGUGUGCUGAAAGAAUUUAAAUGUAGGAUUAUGUUAUCUACUGAUUUAACUGCAAGAGGUAUAGAUGCUGCCAAUGUAGACUUGGUUAUUAAUUUUGACAUACCAAUUGACGCUAUGACUUACCUACACCGAAUGGGAAGAGCAGGAAGAUACGGUUCGUCUGGAGUGUGCAUUAACUUAUCGUCUCAAGGCACAGAAUUAAUACAUCUACAGGAAAUACUGGGACAAAUCGGAGGAAAUACUUUAACAAUACCCAAAUUACCGAAAAUAAAUGGUAGCAUCUUAGAGUUAUUGCAAGUUGAAGUUCCUUUAACUGAUCAUAUUUCUAGCAAGGUAAAGGCUGAACGAGAUGAAUCUAUUACGAAAACUAAAAUGUAUGAGAAUAAAAAGGAGAGAAAACAAAAAAGUAAAAAUAAAGAUAACGACGAUGUUAAAAGAUCUAAAACUGUUGAUGAGCAAGAAGUAACGUCACCAAAUAUUGGUCUGAGUGAUAUACUUCAGAAUACUCAACAAGAAAUUGAGGAAGUUAGAAAACAAAUAUCAGAAAUGGACACGGAAUCAAUUUUGCACUCACUACUAAAUCAAAAUUUGAAUUUAGAAGUAGGUUCAAGUAAUUCUAUAAAAACAAAUACUAACAAGCCGUUUGACGCUCAGGCAGUCUUGGAUGUGUUAAAAGAAGGUUGUACUAAACCUGCGACCAAAAGUGAUAACAAUUUCAAAAAAACAGUUCCUAAAGUAGAUACCGAAGAAGAGCUUAAAGAAAACUUAUUGACAAAAAAUAAGGCACUACUGAGUACGUCACAAAUAGUAAGUAACUCUAACAUUUCAGAGGGACCAGUUUGUAUUGAGCAGCAUCUGAAAGUGCUGAAUUCUCAAUUUAAAAAUGAAAUUAGUGAGCUUUCCAAAAAUAGUAUAUCAGAUCUACUGAAGAUUAUUAAAACAAACGAUAAUCCAAAUAAAAGUGGUGAUAAGCCUACCCAAGACAAUACUGGUUCUUUAGAUAGUCCAUCUUCUUCCAGAACUUGCCACGAAGAAGGAAGUGAAAGUGAAAAUUUGUUUCAUUUGGGAUAUAAGCACUUGGUUCUUUCUGAUGAUGGUGACUGGAGGGAGGUGUUGAAAAAGCGUUGUGCUACUGAUACUUCAGCAAAAACGAAUACACCAACUUCUCGCCGAUCUAGUUCAGAAAGUGACCAAGAAGUGACGCAUAAAAAACACGGAAAGCCACGCAGAUAUUCCGCAGUACACGACGAAUCGUCCAGUCAGUCAGAACCGAUGGUAUGGUCGUCGAAUCCAGAAGAAAACUCAAUGCUAGAAAUGGAAUGUCGUCGACAGGAAGCAGCUAUGAGAUGGAUGCCUGUAGAGGAAGAAUGUUCUGAAGAAGAAAGCUUCCAAGAUGCAAAAGCGAUGGAACAUGAAGACGAUACGAUGGAAUGGCGUAGACAGGAAGAAGCUAUGAACUGGGUAGAAGUUAAGGCCCCUCGUGUCGCACACCAUGUCACCCCCACCUGCGUUUUAGAGCUACGGAAGGGUUCUGAUGAUUUUGAAUAUGGACAUUACAGUAGUUAUAUGGAGCAACUUGAUGACAAGUUGUGGCGGAAUGGUUUAGAGUUUAAUAACUCCGAAUCGUUUAACGACUGGUUUAGUUUCGAAUGGGAGUUAGAGCUACAAGCUACAAGAACUUAUAUAGAGCAAAAUAUAUAUGUUAGUGAGAUGAAUAAGUUUCAGAAAUAGAUUUACUAUAAUUGUCGGAAAAAUAUACUUUUUUAUUACAUUACCGACUGAUCUGAAUAUUUAGUUAUUUUACCUUUUUAUUUGUUGUAUAUAAAGUGUUUAUAAU